AUGACAAAAAUCAAGCAAAGUGAAGAUAAGCAAGACCACCGCAGCGACGACAACACAGCCGAGAUCAAGCAAUACGAAAGCAAGAAAAAAGCAAAAAUCAAGCAAAAUCAAGGCGAGAUGAAACGAGAUCCUGUCCUCGGCCCACGCAUCACCCCAGACAAGCGCUACGAUAAACAAGACUACGACAGUGAUAAAACGCCUGAAAUCAAAGAAACAAAAAUCAAGCAACGCCCCCAGCAACAAAACGUCAAAAUCAAGCAAAAUCAAGUCAAGUCAAAGCAAGGUUCCGUCCUAGUCCGACGCAUCACUUCAGACAAGCGCCACGAUAAGCGCACGAUAAGCAAGACCAUGAAUCAAAGACAGGCCCAAAUCAAGAAAAGUCAAGGAUCAGACUACGAUAACGCACCACAGUCAGACAAGGACAAGAGACGCAACAGACUACGGACACGAUACAACACAAUACAAAACGAUCCGACAGACUACGAGACACGACACACUAUACUACAAUCGAUACAAGACAAACAUCCGAUAAGCAUAACAAGGGAAUAUGCGCAGUUAGGUUCAACCACCACGUUAGAGUUUAGGGUUCAACCCCACCCCCCCACCCGUUAG